CAGACGAAUACAACCAAAACAUAGGCAAAAAAGCAAGCUAUUAUAUUGCAUACCUCGCCUCUCCAUCAUAUAAAAUUGCCACAACUUUUGUUUUUCAAUAAGAAAGAUCAUACAUGGCUCAAGCAAUGGCUUCAAUGACUGGUCUGCAUGGUUCUUCUCAGGCUGUUUUGGAAGGUACCAUGCAGAUCAGUGGCUCAAACCGCUUGAGCACCAGCAGCAACAAAAGAAUUGUCAUGGCUCGACCUGCAGGGCUCGUUGUUCGUGCCCAACAGGUUUCGUCUGAGAACCCUGAGACAAGCCGCCGCGCCAUGCUUGGUCUUGUUGCUGCUGGUUUGGCCUCUGCCUCUCUUGCAAAAGACGCGCUUGCAGCAGCUACUUCAAUCAAGGUUGGACCCCCUCCAGCACCCUCUGGCGGAUUGCCUGGAACUCUAAACUCUGAUGAGGCCAGGGACCUGGACUUACCACUAAAAGAUCGUUUCUUCCUGCAACCACUGACACCGGUUGAGGCAGCAGCGAGAGCAAAGGAAUCAGCAAAGGAGAUUAUUAAUGUGAAGGAGUUUAUUGACAAGAAGGCAUGGCCAUAUGUCCAAAUGGAUCUCCGUCUCAGGGCAUCAUAUCUUCGUUUUGACCUCAACACUGUGAUUGCAUCAAAGUCAAAAGACGAAAAGAAGUCACUCCAGGCUCUCACCGGAAAGCUUUACAAUGUCAUCGACGAUUUGGACUAUGCAGCAAAAACCAAGAGCUCUACUAAAGCAGAAAAGUCCUAUGCUGAAACUGUAUCUAAGCUGAAUGAUGUUCUUGCUAAGCUUGGUUAGAAAAAAUUGUAUAGAUUAUGUACCAUGGUGUAAAUCUUCGCUUUUGUGUUAAUGAAUAAGCUCUUUCAGUUUGA